GCAGCAGGCAGUCUGCUUUUAUCCAAGAUGUCUGCGCCCUGAAGGAUGCUGCUGACAGCGUGAAGGUGCGGGACAAGUGACAGUGGAUGGAUUCUUUGUUGACUCUGAGGCAGAUUUGAGGUUUUAACAACAGACCAGGAUGUCAAAGAUCUCCAAGGCGGCGAAGGCGGUGAAGAAAGUGGACACAGGAAAUGUAAUCCGGGCCAUCGUGAGGUCAGGACAAGCUGCUCCCGGCCCCCCGCUGGGCCCCAUCCUGGGACAGAAAGGGAUCCCCAUCGGGCAGUUCUGCAAGGACUUCAAUGAGAAAACCAAAGAGCUGAAAGAAGGCAUCCCACUUCCCAUCAAGAUCCACGUCAAGCCUGACAGAACAUAUGAUCUGAAGAUCGGCCAGCCCACCGUCUCAUUCUUCCUCAAACAGGCAGCAGGAAUCGCUAAAGGUGCCGGCAAGACAGGCCACGAGACGGCGGGUAUGGUGUCGGUGAAAGCCGUGUACGAGAUCGCGAAGGUCAAAGGUGAAGACGAGUGCUUCAAGAUAAGGGAUGCCUCCCUCGAGACGGUUGUCAAAACCAUCAUCGGCUCAGCCCGCUCGCUGGGAAUCCAAGUUGUCAAUGAUCUUUCAGCAGAUGAGUACAAAGUCUUCCUGGAGCAGAGAGAGGAGAAGCUGAAGGCGGAUGCUGCUGCUGCAGCUGCAGCUGCUGCAGCCGAGGCCGCAGCGGGGAAAAAGAAAAACCUGUAAUAGUUUCCUGUAUUUGUUUAUUUUGACUUUAUACAUGUGCUACAUUCGCUUAAAACCUGUUUAAUAAAAGUUUUAUGUUAACAAAGAG